AUUUAAAUGGAAUUUGAAAAUGACAACACCUGUACGGAGGAAAACCUACUAUCUGGGAUAUCAGAAUAAACACCAUCCAAAGAUGAUCCUUACAUGCACUAUCCAGAUUCAUUUCAAGUUUCACCCUCCUUUUAAUAAUCAUAACAAAAGCAAUAAGAAAUAAAUACUAUCAAAGAAGAAUACAUAUCAAUCAUCAAUUAUGCAGAUCAACAAUAUAAAAACAAUGAACCAAGUUUUAGUUUGAACAAUUAAAGUGUCAAACAAGAUUUUUGCUAUUUCCAGCAAAUUAAAGACACCCUAGCAAAACUAGAAUUGGAUCUUAAUAAUUAGUCUUUUCAUGAUAACUUCAGUGAUAUAAAAUCAAAUCUUCAAGAAUUAUAGGAAAAAUAUCACUAAUUUGUCAUCGAUGCGUCAGACUAGAUUGUUGAAUUCUAAAACCAGCAAGUGCCUUUUAGUAGCGGGGGUAAACAUAAGAGAACCAGAUCUGAGGCUCCUCCAUCAAUUACUCGAUUUAAUGUAAAACCAAAAAAAAAUGAGACUUCGAAUUUAAUUGAAAAAUCAUUUGAUACCAAUAUAUUUCAAAAAUAAAGUGAGGAGUACUCUUUGCUCUUAGAUAUUAUCAAAUAGGAUAUAGAAAACAUCGAAAACACUAAAUUUCAAGAGCAUGAUUAAAGCAUGGAAUUAAUUGUCCAUUAUUAUAAAUUAAGAGAGAUGCAUUAAAAUAUCAUUUAAAAUCUCUAAGACACUAAUGCUUAGUUGAAUUUCACGUUACAGGAAUAUUAACAAAACUUUGAUGAUCUGGCUUCGAACUUUACAUUUGAUAUUAAAAAUUUUAAUGACCAAUCCAAAGUUGAAUAAGUGUCUCUAGUGAUUCAGAAAAUACAAGAGAUAAUUCAAUAAAACUAAUAAUAUGAAUAAGACCUAAUUAUUCAAUAACAGCAAUUAUAAGAAUAAUAGGAACUAUAAAGCUAAUAAGUUAAGAAAAUUGAAGAACAAUAGGAAGUAUAAAGUUAAUAAAUUAAGAAAAUUGAAGAAUAAUAAAAUUCUUAUGAUAGUCUAUUAGAGUAGUUCUAAUUGCUUUAAUAAGAAAAAGAAAACUAGGAUGAUGUUAUUGAUUCACUAAAAUAGCAAAUAUAAGUAUUACAAUAAAAAUCUGAAGCUGACUAAAUUAAUACUCUGUGUUAAAAUUUAAGAGAAUUAAUUAAAUAUGUACAGGAUUUCAUCAUUCUGUCAAAUAAAUUACUUUAGCAUAUUUAUAAUUAAUCGGGAGCCAAAUUACAAUUUCCAGAUAACAAACACGUGAGUGAGGUAUCAAUGACUCUUUAAACUUUAUUAUAAAAUUAAGAUUCUAAUAGCUUUAAGAAGAUAAACGAAAAUUUAAAUGUAUAUUCAAAAGAAAUAGGAGUAAUAAUAAAUUAAAUUUGUCAAAAAUACUAAUGCUUGGUUGAUUAGAUUAUAAGAGAAAGAAAGCAAUUAAUGGAGUCACUGUAAAUAUGA